AUGGACGGCCUACCAGACUGCGCGAAAGAUUGCGCUACUGGCUCCAUUCCCAAGCAGUGCCAAACUAUCGAUGUUGCUUGUAUCUGCGGUGACAAAAGCUUUAUCAACAGUAUAUCUUGUUGUGUCGCCAACAAGUGCUCAAAGGAUCAACAAGAUGCUGUUCUCAAAUUCGCAGGCCAGCUCUGCAGUGGCGCCGGUGUAAAUAACCUCCCCACGAGUGCUAGCUGCGCUGAGGGAAGCUCGAGUGCUACUGAGACAUCUUCCGAUUCUUCAGCAUCCAGCAAGCCGACUACUUCGGGUUCUUCUGAUAGCUCUGCAUCACCAACUGCUUCCAAAUCCGACAGCAACACUAAGACCUCAUCUACCUCAACAGCGUCACCUACUGCCAGUACUGGCGGAGCUGGCCUUGUACAAAGCAAAGACACUAGCCUCCUUGCUGCUAUUGGGGCGGCGGUCUUCGCAUUCCUUGCGUAG